GAGCCGCCCCCGCGCUGUUGGCCGAGCCCUCCCCGCGAGGGGCGCCGGCCCCAAGACCGGCCGGCGAGCGUUGGUCCGGCGGGCCGCCCUCCCCGCUCUCCCCCCGGCCGGCGCAGUGGGAGGCGCCCGGGCGCGCGCGUCACCCAUUGUUUACAAACCAACGCCAGCGGGCCGAGCUCCAGCCGCGACCGCAGCGCCGGAGCCGCGUGUGCUCGCUCGCGCGCGGGGCGGCGGGCGGGCGGCGGCCCCGGUCCCGCUGCGGCGGCUGCGGCACGGCAGGGACCCGGCAGAGAUGCCGUGCCGCCCAGGCGAGCGCUUCCUGCUGCUGGAGCGCCCGGUCGCCGUGGGACAGGCGGGCUCCAAGGAGGUGGACGCGCUGGUGGCUAAGCUGGGCGAGGUGCUGCAGCUGAGCGCCCAGCGGGCGCCGCCGCCGCCCCGCGCCCCGAAGCACCUGGGGCCGGGCAGCGCCCGCGACCGCGCCGCCCCCUACUCGCCGCGGUGCUGCAGCGGCGGAGGGGCCGGGCUGCUGGCGCCGCGGGGUCCGGCCCCGCCGCAAGCCCACCCGCAGCACGCUGAGACCCCGCGGCCAGACCGGAGCGGCCACCAGCGGGUGACCAAGCAGCUCUGCGGCCGCGGCUGGCUGCGGAGCGCCGCUCGACGGAGGAAGCAGCCGCCGCCGGGGCCGGGCGACGGUCCGGCGGAGGAGGAGGACCCGCACCGGCUCCUGCAGCAGCUCAUCCUCUCUGGCAACCUCAUCAAAGAAGCCGUCCGGCGGCUGCAGCUGGCGGCGGCGGCGGCAGCGGCAGCGGCGUCCGCGGCCUCCAGCGGCAGCGCCUCGGCAGGGAGCGGCGGCGCGGACAGCGAGGCGGCGGCGGCGGCGGUGCAGCCCCUGCAGUAGCCGGCGGGGCCGAGCGGCGGUGACCGGGGCGGAGGAGCGCGGCCGCUGGCGGCGGCGGGGCCCCACCGGGCGGGCUGCGGCAGCGCCGUGCGGGCUCUGCCAGGAUGUAAGUGUGUCCCGGCGGCGGGGCCCCCCCGGCGGGGCCGGUGCCGGUGGAGCGGGAAGGGUGUCCGAGCCCCCCGUCCCAAGGUCACCCGCGGUGCGGACCCCGCCGAGCCCCGCCGCUCGCCCACCGGCGGAGGCCGCGCACGCCGCCGGCCCCGCGCUGUUGUUGUGCCCCCCUCCCUCCUCUGCCUUCCCUGGGAGCUCCUCCUCCUUCUCCCCCCGCCGGGGCAGCCUGGCCGGGGCCGCGGACCCCCCCGCCGCGGGUCCCCGCUGCCGCGGAGCUGCUCCGUCUCCCAGGAGCCAUUUGCAAUAAUCCUCGCUGACCCCGGCGGGAGGUGUUUCCUUUCCCCUCCCGGGCUGAUUUGUUUUUUUUUGUUGGGGGUUUUUAUUGUUAUUUUAACGUUUAUUGUUAUUAUUUCUCGUUGUGACUGUAUGAAGCAGUUUUAAAAAAAUGUGAAUAUCAAAGCUGGAAGGCAGCUGGACUUAACAAAUGAGUGAAUGGAGCCUGAGGAUGCAUUGUUCACAUAAGGUAGCUGAAACAAGUUUUUUCUACCAAAAAGAAAAAUCCUAAAUCCACCCUUCCCCGACAAACGCAAUGGCUCAAGUACAAGAUGCAGCUGUUGAUUUUAAAUAUAUGCACUUCGUACCGGAGCGUUUGAAAUGUGUUCCUGAUUUGCAGGACUUACUGUCUUAAUUAACCUGUCUGUAUUGAAUAAACGUGGUCUUGUUUAUA